GUUACUUGUGGAAAUUAUGGCAUAUGGGCCUUUUCUCAAAUCUUGAAGGAUUCUUUAUCAAGUAUCUUUCAUACAUAUAAUUGCAAAUAUCAUUCAGUUGUCGAUCAUUCAUAGUCAAUUCUGUCUACCUUUAAACAGCAACUCUGCAACUGUAAUGGAGUGGAACCAGAACUAUGUUAUCUGGUCUGCAUUGAUAAGUUUGAUCUCAGUUGUUUGGCACUUGAGGAGUAAGAAUAGUUACAAAGGUUCCAAGCUCCCUCCUGGUCCUAAGGGAUGGCCAAUUUUCGGAAACCUUUUCGAUCUUGGAAGCUUGCCACACAGGAGUCUUGGAGCUCUGAGACAAGAACAUGGUCCUGUUGUGUGGUUAAAUCUUGGUUUUGUCAAGACCAUGGUGCUUCUUUCAGCUGGUGCAGCCGAGGAGUUUUUUAAGAACCAUGAUCUCUCCUUUGUUGAUCGCUUCAUUAAUGAUUCCAUGAGGUCACAUAACUAUGAUAAGAUCUCUAUAGCUUUUGGCUCAUACACCCCUUACUCGCGCACCUUGAGGCGAAUAUGUACUUCUGAGCUGUUCGCUAACAAGCGGAUUAAUGACACAAUGUUGAUCAGGCAAAGAAGUGUGGAUGAACUCUUGUCAUGGAUUGAAAAUGAGGUAGAAAAAGGUGAAAGCUGUGGAAUUGUUGUGAGACACUUUGUGUUUCCAGCAUUGUUUAACAUGAUUGGGAAUCUGACUCUGUCGCGGGACUUGGUGGAUCCACACUCGGAGAUUUCCUCUGAGUUCUUCAUGGCUAUGGAUGGUGUUCAUGAGUGUGUUGGCCGUCCUAAUAUUUCUGAUUUAUUACCCUGGCUUAGAAGGCUUGAUCUACAAGGAAUAAGGAGGAAGAUGGACUGUAAUCUUGGAAAAGCCAUUGAUAUAAUUUCAGAAUUUGUCAAGGAGCGUGUGGAACGAAGGAGACAAGAGCAGAAAUCAUCGUCAGAGCACAAAAUGGACUUCUUGGAUGUGUUGUUAGAUUUCAGGGGCACUGGAAAGGAUGAACCAGCCACACUAUCAGAGUACCAAGUCACAGUUUUUCUAAUGGAGAUGUUUUUUGCUGGAACAGAGUCGACGAGCACUACAACUGAGUGGGCGAUGUGUGAGCUCCUACAAAAUCCUGAUCAAAUGAAGAAGGUUAAAGCUGAACUUGCUAGAGUUGUUGGAGCAAACAAAAAGCUGCUAGAGAGUGACAUUGAUAAUCUUCCUUACUUGCAAGCAAUUGUAGCCGAGACACUACGCCUACAUCCUCCCGGUCCACUUCUGAUUCCAAGGAAGGCUGUUCGCGAAACCAAUUUCAUGGGCUAUAGUAUUCCUAAAAACACACAAGUUAUGGUCAAUUGCUGGGCUAUUGGAAGAGAUGGAGAUAGCUGGGAGGAUGCUUCGUCGUUUAAGCCUGAGAGGUUUUUGGACUCGAAUGUUAAUUACAAGGGUCAGAGCUAUCAGUUUUUACCAUUUGGAGCUGGCAGAAGGAUGUGCCCGGGUCUUCCAUUGGCUCAUCGGAUAGUACCAUUGGUCCUGGGCUCCUUGCUUCACCAUUUUAUGUGGGAGCUGAGUGGCGGUGAGAAGAUCAUAAAUAUGGCAGAGACCAUGGGGGCAGGGGUGAAAAUGCUUCACCCCUUACAAGCAAUUCCAAAACGAAAGAUUAUGUGAUCGAUAAAUGAUGUGUUAUGUCUAUGUAUUAUCUAUGAGCUUUACAACAUUGUUAUUCACCUUUUUACUAUCUCUAAUUCACAGUAUCAUUUUCUUUCA